AUGGGUCUCAUUGCAGACGCGAGAAAGGCUAUGAAGGAUGCCCCCGAGGGCACAUUCAAUCGCCAUGUACUGUUCUGUACAUGUGUGUUUGCCCUCGCUGGAGUAUCGAAGGGGUUCGAUGAGGGAAACAUCGCAUCUCUAGUCUCGCAGUCUCACUUCAAGGUUCGAUUUGGCCUUGACACGCAGAGUCCCACACAAUACUCCAAUACCAAGGGCUGGAUUGUUUCCAUCGCCACCGCCGGUGCUGUCUUUGGAUGCCUCGGGUGCUCGCCCGUCAAUGAUCAGCUAGGUCGACGCUGGACCCUCCGGAUCUUUACCCUCGUCUAUUUGGCAGGCAUUCUCGGUCAAGGCCUCUGUCAUGGCAAUCUAUCUGGUCUGUAUGCCUCGCGAUUCAUCGCGGGGCUGGGUAUUGGACCUCUCUCAAUUGUGCCGCCUGUCUACAUCACCGAGAUCUCGCCGAAAGUCAUUCGCGGACUUCUCACCAUCCUGUUUGCAUCUUGCCAACAACUAGGCGUGGUGCUGGGAUUCUUCAUCAAUUACGGAGUCACAAAACAGUAUCCGGGCGUGGACAUACAAUGGAUGCUCCCUACCCUCCUACAACUGGCUCCGGUGGUUAUCUGGAUCACGGGCUCCUUCUUCUGCUCCGAGUCACCCCGCUGGCUCCUCCUGCGUGGAAGAUCAGACGAGGCAACCACAGCGAUGUCUCGCCUGCGCAGCCUCCCUCGAGAUCACCCCGUGGUCCAGACCGAACUCGCAGGGAUGGACGCACAGAUCCUCCACGAAAUGGAAUCCACCAGCAACGCCAGCCUGGUCGACCUACUGAAAGAAACUUUCGUCCCCGUCGAGAACCGCCGCCGAUUCUUCCUCAUCUUCAUGGCCACCCUGUUCUCGCAGUGGUCCGGCGCCAACGCCAUCACGCAGUACCUGCCCAGCAUCUUCGCCUACCUGGGCAUCUCGGGCGACGAGACCACCUUCCUGACUACGGGCAUUUACGGGAUUGUCAAGUUCACCAGCACGGUGUUCUUCGCCCUGUUCAUGGUCGACAUCCUCGGCCGGCGGCGGUCCCUUCUCGCCGGCAUCGGCCUCCAGCUCACCACCCUGGUCUUCGUGGCCGCGUACCUCGGCGCCACGCAGACCAUGUCUACGGCCGAGAUUCGGGCAUCUGCCGGUGCGUCGCGGGCCUCGACCGCCGCAAUUGUCGCCAUUUUCCUCCACGCGGUCGCCUGGAGCAUCGGCUGGUUCAGUAUCCCCUACCUGGUCGGGUCGGAGGUGUUCCCCAUCCGCAUCCGGUCGCUCAAUGUCUCCAUCUCCAUGGCGCUCCAUUGGGCCUUCUACUUCGGGUGCUCCCGCGCGAUGCCCAGUCUGUUGGCGGCCACGCAUCAGUGGGGGGCGUUUGUGUUCUUCGCCUGCGUCUGCUUGGUGUCUUUGGUUUAUGUUUACUUCGCGAUGCCGGAUACGACGGGAAGGUCGCUGGAGGAAUUGGAUGGUCUUUUCCAGCGGCCCUGGUAUACAGUGUAUCAGGUCGCGUACAAGUCAGUGCAAGGAGUGGAGGGCGAGACGAUGGAGGUCAAAGCUGAGUGGAGUGGGAGGGCUCAGCAUGUGGAAGAGGGCAGCACGAACUAG